UACAAGUGAGGGAUGUUUUUUGCAUUUUAAUUUAGAGACUCUCACCGACGGCUUGCCAGUCACCGCAAUUGUCGGGAAACUUUGUCAGUGACUUGCGAGAAACUGAUAGAAAACGAUUAAGGUGCAGGUGAAGAUAACACUGCAAGCUUUUGCUUUGUGAUUUUUUUUAAUUGCACAGGCUCUUAUUCAAUUGGACGAAGCAGCAGAGACUUAUGACAUUACGCACAGACCGGGAGCCGGGCUGCAAAUGGGCGGCAUAGGUGGCAACCUCUACCUCAGUAUGUUGAAUGGGACUGAGACGCAAACUUUCGGAAAGGACGGCGACAUCAGCAAUCACCUUCACCGCGGCGGCAAGGACUUGGCCGAGUUCAAAAUGGGGAUUCAGGACGCGAGGUUUUACUACCCGGACACUGUUCAAAGCGGGCAGGACGCUCUGGCGCUGCCGUACCACUCGGACCAGACGGUCGGCGGGUACGGCGCGCAGCCCGGCAGGUUUUAUGCGCAGUCCCUCAGCAGCUGUCCGUACGGCGGCGUGCGGUCGCCGACCAGAAGUGCGGCCGGUCAGGGCUACAUCCCGGCUGCAGGAGACGGCUUUUCGACAGGCGGUAAAGAAGUGUACCCCGCCUCUCCGGAGAACUACCCGGCAACCUUUCAGCAUGGCUACCAGCGCCCUCCGCUCUACCCUAUACCUGGGCUACAGGUGUGCGGGAAGACCCAGGCUCUCCUCAAUAACUAUCCACUAUGGGCCAAGUUCCACAAGUUCCAGACCGAGAUGAUAAUAACCAAACAGGGGAGGAGGAUGUUCCCCUUUCUGAGCUUCAACAUCAGCGUUCUGGAUCCAUCUGCCCACUACAACGUCUAUGUAGACGUGGUUCUGGCAGACCAGCACCACUGGAGGUACCAGGGCGGCAAGUGGGUCCAGUGUGGCAAAGCAGAGGGCAACAUGCCAGGGAACAGGAUGUACAUGCACCCCGACUCUCCCAACACAGGAGCUCACUGGAUGAGACAAGAGGUGUCAUUCGGCAAGCUCAAGCUCACCAACAACAAGGGCAGUACCAACAACGUGGCGCAGAUGAUCGUGCUCCAGUCCCUCCACAAGUACCAGCCUCGUCUUCACAUCGUGGAAGUGAAGGAGGACGGCACAGAGGACCCCUUCCUGUCCGCCAAGGCCCAGACCUUCGUCUUCCCUGAGACUCAGUUCAUUGCUGUCACCGCCUAUCAGAACGCAGAUAUCACUCAGCUGAAAAUAGACCAUAACCCCUUUGCUAAAGGUUUCCGUGACAAUUAUGACACGCUGUACGCUCCUCCUGACUCUGAUCGCCUCACCCCCUCCCCUACAGAGAGCCAGCAGCUGCUGCCGGGAACCUGCUACCCCCAGGGCUACCUUUCUGAGCAGUACAUGAGCCCUCUUCCGCAGAGCCGCUUCUAUGGCCGAGAGCCCAUCAGCAUGGGCCAACAGCCCAAGGAUCCCUCCUCCAGCCCCAGCCCGCACAGCCGCUGGUACCUGUCGCCCCAGCAGAACGUGGCCUCCAACCGGCUCGACUUCGCCUCCUCCUAUGACGGGGAUUUCUCCAGCAAUAGCUUCUACAAGCCGUUCCCCCUGCAGACUUCAGCCCACCACGCCCUGGGCUACUAUGCCGACCAUCCCUUCGCCUCCGCCAGCAUGUCUGUAUCUGGGGCCUCGUCGGCAGGCUGGAGCACCAGCAGGCCCUCCCCUCAGUACCUCAGUCACGCGAGCAAGCCUGGCCCCAGUCUGGGUUGGUUCAGGCCUGUGUCUUCCUCUUCCUCUUCCUCCUCUUCCUCCACAUCACCUGGCAACCCCAGACUCCACCCCCCCUCGCUCCUAGAGCCGCUCCGGCCGGCCCUGCUACAGGACAAGCCCAAAGACACUAGCGGGGUUAUUGGAGAGGACCCCUGGCUCGAACCCCCCUCUGUCAAAUCCGUGGACUCAGCCGACUCUGGUUUGUUUGAGGGCGGAGCGGGGGAAAGCAAGAAGAGGAGGGUGUCGCCCUACACUUCCAGCACUGAGAACUCCCCGCCCACGCGCAGUGUGGAGAUCUGUGAGAAGGACAGCAACAGUGACGCAGGCUACUACGGCUUUUACACCCACUGAGGACCUCACACCUCGCCUUUGCCACAGCCACAAUCUCUCCGUCUCACCGUCUUCCCAUCUCCCACCUUGUGCCAAGGUGUCUCCCUUGUGGCCACAUGAAUCUGCCUACCCCAGUAGGGUAUCCAGGUAUCCAGUAAUGAUAAAAGGGCUGGAGCACCCUCCCAUUGGCUGCAGACAAAAAAUGGAUUGGCUGCAACAUGACAGAACUUUUCAACUUUCAGCUACUUUCACAUCACCAGAGCCCACACAGCGCAGAGGACCUCUCUGUAGUUUGAAGGUCACUGUCAAAGUUAGUGGUGACCAAAAAGGGCCGAGUUGAUGUGACUAGCCAACGACACUGCCCUAGAGACACCAAACAGACAUACAGACGUGUGACUUAAGCCUUUGAAACAUCUGGAGAUUAGAAAAAAAAAAAAAAAAGAUCUGCAUAUGUGCUUGCUGACAGGCCCCUGCAGGGAUUGUC